CUAUUAAUAACAUCGUAGGGUUUGUUUUCCUUGUGUUGAUGACAUUGCUACAGGCAUGGAUGCGACUACUUGCUCGGAUAAAGAGCCAAAAGGGAACAUUUUAAGUCAGAUUGUGGUCCCCGUGAUGGUGAGGUGGACACAGAAAUUAAAAGUAUUAUGGGGCAUGGUGGUUACCUGUUUUGGGCCUAUCAGAAUUGUAAUUUUAGCUGUCUUUCUGGCCUACAUAGCAAUACCAAUUUUCCUGAAAACCAAUCCAUGGAUAUUAUCAAAAGUUGUAUUUUCAAAUAUUAUUCGUUGGCCACCAUUUGUCAACCUAUCAAGUCCUGGUGAUUUUGGACUUAAUAACACACGGAAUUUCUAUAUGGAUACAGAAGAAGAUGUCAGAAUUGGAGCCUGGCAUAAGCUUCCGGUGAGCUUGUCAGAGAGUAAGGAAGUUGCCUGGGAUAAGUAUGAAGAAUCUUUACGAUCUGGAAAAACCAUUUUCCUUUAUCUCCAUGGAAACAGUGGAACACGGGGAGGUUACCACAGAGUGCAAAUAUACAAAUUUCUGUCACAACUGGAUGCACAUGUUCUGACUAUUGAUUACAGAGGCUUUGGCGACUCAACAGGCACACCGUCAGAAGAAGGGGUUGUGCAUGAUGCUUACUUUGCCUACAAGUGGCUGAAAAGUAAAAGCAAUAAUGCCCCUAUCUUUAUCUGGGGACAUUCUCUUGGAACGGGAAUAACAACUGCUCUUUCCAGGAGGCUAUGUGAGGAAGGGGACGAUCCAGUUGGGGUUAUUUUAGAAGCACCUUUUAACAAUAUUCUUGAAGCAGCAGAACAUCAUCCAUUUUCCUUACCCUUCCGCCUGUUGCCAUGGUUCAAAUCCAUUUUCAUUGAUAGCAUCAAAGAGCAUGGCAUCCAAUUCAGCAGUGAUGAGAACAUCAUGAAGGUCACACCACACAUUCUGAUUCUUCAUGCUGAAGAUGAUGGCAUUGUGCCAUUUCACUUGGGACAUAAGUUGUACCAGAAAGCCAAAGAAACUCGUACACCUGCUACAGGGGAUGUUGAACUUGUGGUUUUCCAGGGUCACCAUGGUUAUGGCCACAAGCAUAUUUUUUUGGCUCCUGAACUGCCAGAUAUUAUUAAGAAGUUUAUGGAAAAAUCUUAUGCUGAUGCUAAUGACUAAGAUUGUCCAAAGACAAGGAAAACAUCUGGUGCAGCAGCAACAAUAGUUUUUGCUUUGUACUUGCCUUACUUAUGAUUUUAUGUUACAAACUGGUUACAUGUUGCUAUCUUAUCCUAAUCUCAAGUACUAUGUGGUCUGUAUACAGUAAAUGCAAGAUUACGAACAGUUUUGAUAACUAGAUCUGGGUCCAAUUUAGUCUCUACAAAAUGAGGUUUUUUUAAUUAAAAAAUUUAUUUCUACUUCUACAAUUUUAGGUAACGGUUGAGCUUCUACCCUAGGGCAGGAAAGAAUGGUUUAAGCCAGGGGAGGAAAGUAUAGUUUGAACAGUAUAGUUUGGCCUUAAAGUGAUAGCAUGUGGAUAAUUAUUGCAGAUCCUAAAACAAAAAUGUAUCGAUUUUGUUGUUGAGCGUUAAAAUACUUGAAGUUAUGGGUGUUUUGCCUCCAAUAAUAGCUCACAUUGUGUCAUUUCUUUGACCUAUUACUUUUAGAGAUCCAGAAAAUUUGUUGAGUUCAGAUGAACUUUCAUCCCUUCAUAGUUUUAAGUAUAAAAUGAGCUUAAGACCCAAUUGAGAGCAAUCUAUAUAUUAUUUUGCUGGUAGUAGAGGAUGCAGUACAGGACAUAUGGAGAUUACAUGAGUAUAAAUUUGGUUUUUUUUCCACAUUUUUUUUAAUUCACAAAAUGCAUGAUCUCUUCAAACACAUGAUCACUUCAAACACACCUGUACGAAAGUACAGUUCACUUACAAAAGAAGCACUUCCAUGACAUCUAGAGAUAUUUACUACCUCAUAUAGUUCCUAUGACUGAAUUUUUUUAAAGCAAACUUUCAGUUUUUCUAUUGACCUUUUUUUUUAACCUAAACAUCAUGCAUACUUGAUUUUUGUUGAUUUCAUCGAGGAAAACUAGAUUUAAAAAAAAAAUUAAGUGCUUAUUGCUGCCUUAUUUUUCAGACUGGCGAAAUCCUAUGCUUAUUAUGAUUAUGAAAAUAAACCUUUUUCCCAGAUGCAAUAAUAUGUACUAUAAAUGCAGAUUGUAUAUUUCCUUAAUUCUUAUAAACGGUCAAAAAUUCAUGUUUAAGUUUGCAAUUCAACUGUGUAAUAUUUUAUGUACUUUUUCUGUGAUACUUCAACAUUUUACCAUUAAUUCAUUUUUAACAAUAAAUAUUAAUUCAUUUUUUACUGGUGUGUGUUUUGAUUGUACUUUUGAAAUAUAUAUGUUAAUAUAUGCAACAAGCAAUGCAUAAUUUACAUACAAGUUCUAUCACCUGUUCCACAUUCUCAUGCUUUGUCUAUUGGAAGUUUAUCAAUAAAAGUCAGAACCUGA